UGAUCAGUGUGUGUGUGUGUAAAACCAUUUCUAUUCAAGGCACUCAGUUCGCACUGCAUUUUCUCUAGGGAGGGGAAAGAGUCACACACUGUUGGGACUGUGUUGUAAUUGGCAUGCUUGGUCUAGACAGCUUACACACACCCACUCUCUCACACACACUCCCAAACACACACACGUUCAGAUACCGGUCACAGAGCAGAAGUUUUCACAGCAACUCCGUUCUCUCCAAACACACGUUUGGAAAGGUGAAGCUCCGCCGCCAGCCGUGGAUAAAUUACGUGUGACAUGUUUAGCUGGGCUGCCUUUUAUGGCGCACGCUCUAUCUCAGCACAGUAGAGUCCGGAGAGCGAGAGAGACAGCGAGAGAGAGAGAGUGAGUGAGUGAGAGAGAGAGAGAGAGAGAGAAAGCAGUAGAGAGGCAGGCAGUGUGAGAGGAGUGUGAAGCGUUCACUUGCUCCGUUUGCAGCAGUCAGUGGAGUCGUACUGGAGCAGAGUUGCUACUGACAGACGUGCCUUUGACAUCCGCUGCUGCUUGGACCACUUGAAAGAGCAACUCGCGCCUCCCCCACCCCCUUUUUCCCGCUUCUGCCACCUGCUUCAGCGCCAAGUGACGUCCGCAGUCCUGGACGAGAACGGCCUCUGCUACGCACCUGGUCGUCACAGCAACACUCUAUGCCCCCCUGCAAGUGCCCCCAUGUUGCUUCUUGAGUCUGUGUCAUAAGGACGUUUCCAGGCGUGUAUGUGUGUUAGUGUGUGUGUGGGGGAUACGCGUGGGUGUGUGUGAGUGUGUGUGUGUGUGUGUGUGUGUGUAAAUGAGUGAGUGACUGCACGAGUGUGGGCGAGAGGUGACUACUACUGCCUCUUUCCACACCAUCACCAACUCUCCCCCUCUGCCCCCGCAACCACACGUAAUCAAUAAUGAGUUUCACCAUCCGUCUGGCUUGGCAGCGCAGCUGAGGAGAAACUGAGUGACACUGAGACAACGAGGAGACAGAGAGAGACGGAGGCCUCCACACACAGAGGCUUCAAUAAACUAAAAGGUCACAACAAUGGGCCUCUGAGAUUUGAUUUCUGAGUGCCUAUAAACAAAAAAGGCAAACCACGUCUCAAAUCUCGUUUCCCUUUUGUUUCAAGUGCACAAACGAAACCGGACAAAAAGAAGCUCCCUCUUCUUCACCUCCGACAUAUCGUCUGGAUUUUUUUUAUUUUUUUAAAUUCUUUGCUUUCAAGCCAAAAUGGCGGUUAAUGUGACGCCCAUCCGGGACACGAAAUGGCUGACGCUGGAGGUGUGUCGCGAGUUCCAGCGAGGCACGUGCUCCCGACCCGACUCUGAAUGUAAGUUCGCCCAUCCGGCCAAAAGCUGCCAGGUGGAGAAUGGGAGAGUCAUCGCCUGCUUCGACUCCCUCAAAGGCCGCUGCUCCAGAGAGAACUGUAAGUAUCUGCACCCUCCGCCCCACCUAAAGACGCAGCUCGAGAUCAAUGGCAGGAAUAACUUGAUCCAGCAGAAGAAUAUGGCCAUGCUGGCCCAACAGAUGCAGCUGGCCAACGCCAUGAUGCCUGGCACACAAUUGCAGCCUGUGCCCAUGUUUUCCGUCACGCCCAGCCUGGCCACCAACGCCACAGCACUGGUUAACCCAUAUCUGGGUCCCGUGUCUCCAGGCCUGGUGCCCAAUGAGAUCAUGCCUAGCGCACCUGUACUAAUGACCAGCACUCCUAACGUCCCUGUGCCCGCUGCAGCUGCCGCCGCCGCCCAGAAGCUUAUGAGGACAGAUCGGCUGGAGGUUUGCCGGGAGUACCAGAGAGGGAACUGCACGCGAGGUGAGAACGAUUGCCGUUUUGCUCACCCAUCUGACAGCGCCAUGAUCGACACCAACGACAACACAGUGACCGUGUGCAUGGACUACAUCAAGGGCCGCUGCUCACGCGACAAGUGCAAGUACUUCCACCCUCCGGCGCACCUGCAGGCCAAGAUUAAGGCCGCGCAGCACCAAGUCAACCAGGCGGCCGCCGCUGCUGCCAUGACUCAGUCGGCUGUCAAAUCACUGAAGCGACCCCUCGAGGCAACCUUUGACCUGGGGAUUCCACCUGUUUUGCCUCCAUUACCAAAGAGACCCGCACUUGAAAAAGCCAACGGUGCCACAGCCAUGUUCAACACUGGCAUGUUCCAGUACCAACAGGCCCUGACCAACAUGCAGUUCCAUCAACAGGCGGCUUUUAUACCAUCAGGCUCAAUAUUGUGCAUGACACCCGCAGCGAGUGUUGUUCCCAUGAUGCACGGUGCUUCGGCAGCCACUGUGUCAGCAGCCACCACAUCCGCCACAAGUGUUCCCUUCGCAACAGCCACAGCCAAUCAGAUCAGAGCAAGUCCUGGGGACUUCGAUAUCGUAAUCAGAUUUCAAAAACUUGGCCCUGCUCUGACUAAUCAAUUCCAGUAAUAUCUGCAGAACAUCUGACUAGUCACAAAUACGUGACUCAGAUGUAGGACUUCCAACAAUCACGUUCAAGUGUGCUUGUGUGCCGUCUGAAUUUUAGGAUCCAACCUUUACCCACCAACCAAGAGCAACAGAAGAUAAGAAAAAAAAUCAUGUCACCAUUUCCUGGAAUGACGGAAACACGCAUGCUAUCUCCAACACUGUUAAGAAUUUGAUAUAGUUGAAAAGUGGAAAAAAAAAAAAGAGAAAAAAAUAGAAAAAACCCUCUUUCGGUAUACUUUUUUUUUUUUUUUUUGGUAGCCAGAUAAAGAGAACAUCACCGUUUGCCUUUUUCCGUCUGCGGAUGGUACAAAGCAUGUCUGAACCAUUCCAGCGACGGGAAAUGCAUGGUGGUGUCUCCUGUCAUUGUUUUCUAUUGGUAAAAUUUUUUGGUUGUGUUUUGUUUCUGGGACAGAGGGCGGGGUUUUAUUUUAUUUUGUUGUUUCUUUUUAUGGUUUACAAAAACCACGGUGCACCUUGAAAACGUUUCGUUUCGAAUAACGUCAAAAGGAACUUGCAAAAGAAUAUUAUGUAAGACUAAUAUCGUGCAUGCAGUGUUCCAUUUGUGAGCAGAUCUUUUAUAGGACUUGACUGUAUGAAGCGGACGGAGGACACACACACACACACACACACACACACACAUACGCAAAAAUGACAACUGAAUGUCCGAGAUCUUAAACACAGCAGUGUUCCUUUUCUUCGAAGCACAUCGAAGUGUCGAUCUUCAUGUUGCCGACUACACAUCAAGUGCCAUAGACAGUACUUGCAUCCAAAAGAUUUAAAAAAAAAAAAAAAAAAGAUACUAUAGACUUAUUAUAGAAGUGUUACGUGUUUGUAUUAUUAAUGCCUUUGAGUCUAUAAUGUGUUUUCUGGGUCUCUGUUUGAUUUCAGUAUUUUGUUUUAGUUUAUUUUGUUACUAGCCCAAAUAUCUCCAAAAAAAACCACAACAAUCACCAAAAAUGUCCAUUCUGUAAAAUUCAAAGUUUCUUUCCUUUUCCUUUCUUUCCUUUCUUUUUUUUUUAGCUUUAUUUCUAUUCUCAUUUCGUUUAAUUUAUAUAUAAAAUUAUUACGAUGUUUAAGUUCUCAAGACUUUACUCCAAACUAACAAGGACUCAUUCCUGGUGGGCAGCAUGCAGGAUUUUUGUUUUAUUUGUGGUUAUCGAAGUGUAGAAUUAAGUGUGAACGGGUUGUAAUUCUGUAAAUGGGAAACGAAAAUAAGAGAAAUAUAGUAUUAAUAGUUUUUGGGUUUUUUUCCUAUCUCUUAUGUAAGGUCCACUGUUUUAUUUUUCAUGUUUGAUCAGAGGAUGUGGGUGUAUUUUUUUAUUUUUUUAUUUUUUUAUUAUUAUUAUUAUUUUUAUUUUGUUUUGUGGUUCCUCCUCAGCCCUGUGUGGGAGGGAGAGAACAAUGGGGUCAGCGAUGUUACAGAAAGGGCUGCUGGGUAAAAAAUAAGUACACAGUGUUGGCGUAGUGAUAAGCAUCGAUGCACGUUACAUCCAAGGGCAGAAUUUUAAUGAUUGUAUGGUUCAAUAGUAAACGCCUUAGACCUUUUAGACCAUUCAGGCAUGUUCCCAUAUGUCUGUUUUUAUUUUAUCUUUCUAUUUUUAUUUUAAUAAUUUUUAAAAAAUUUUUUUUUUUUUUUUUUUUUGUAAUUUUUUUUUUUUUUUUAAAUCUGGGGUCGCAUUUUAUCCGUCUCAUAUAUUUGUCCAGAAAAAAAAUUAAAUAUCCUGUCGUAGAACUAAGCACGGAUACUGAAUUAGUAUUCCAUUUUGUCAAGUAAGAUUUAACUUUUGUAGAGUGUGAAAUACUAUAAAUAAUUGGUGUUUUUGUUUUUUCUGUUUGUUAAUUUUUUUUUUUUUUUUUUUUUUUUUUUUUUUUUUUUUUUUUUUUUUUUUUUUUUUUUUUUAGUAUUUCACAAUUCUAAACCUAUGUAGUGCCGGUUCAUUGAGUAUUGAAUAUUAGCAUACUGAGUAAAACCGAUACGAUUUUUAUUUUUAGUGAAGCAUUUUUUUUUUGUUUGAAAUCUUCGUACAAACAUCUUUUAUAUGAAUAUAUCUUAUGGUGAGGACAUAGUUGCCAAGAGGCAUAGCUGCUGUGGUGUGAACCAUGGCCGAUAUCGGAAUAAUAUUUUAAUGAUCUUCUGGUUUGUAAUUAGUCAUUCUAAUUAGAGAGAGACAGAGAAAAAAAAAAGAUGAGUAUAGUUCUUAGAUGUUAAAGGUUGUUUUCUACUGUAUUCGUUUAAAAAAAAAAUCUCCCUAGACGUAAGGCCUUGUUAAAGGAAAAAAGCUGCAUAUGUGAUGGUGAUGGGGCAGAUUGGAUGGACGUGAGGUCUGGAGGGUGUGUGUUAAACAGAUUUAAAAUAAAAAUAAAAAUAAAAAAAUAAAAAAAGGCUAAUCCUGUUCAGGUGACGCCACACAGGUAACGUCGGGGAGGAAGAGGACAAAAGUCGACUUUUUUGCACUUCUGUACAUAGUCAAAAAAGAAAGAAUCGUGUAUAAUAUUGAGAUCUUAUUUUGAAUAAAAAAUGUCUAUAAAUAUGAGGAAUUUUGUUAACGAUAUUAAAAACACACACACACACACAUACAGAAAGUCAGGCUGCUCGCAUAAAAGUGACACAGAAUUCCGAAAAGGGCAAAAAAAUUAUUAUAACGUCGCUUUGCUUUUUUUUUGUCAGCGGCUUGUAGCUUGCCAGAAAGCAUUCAGGUUGGAGGUGCCCCUCGUCCUCCAGAGCAAGGCCCUGUGUGAAAAGCCAUGUGGCCUCAACCUGGUGGUUCCUCGACCCUAAUCCUGAUCCUGAAGCACAUUUUAGUGUUUUUCAUCCUCUUCCACACCCACGUUGACUCAGUAGGGAUCAGUUUAGGUGAUGAGUUGAGUUUUUGGAUCUGGUGUUAACUCUUAGAGCAAUGAAAACAAUAAAAUAUGCAGAGCAGUAGUAGAACUUGGGAGCAGGAUUGGGAAUCACCGGCCUAACCUCAAAAUGAAAUAGAUCCAACCCAGAUUUUCUAGUUUCUUUUCUGACAAUUGCAUGUUAAAGGACGUAACAUAUACCACAAGAAAAACUUCACUGAGUAAUACUGAAUAAACAACCAUGUUAUACAACUUAUUUACAGUAUACUUUGUAAUAUUAAUGUAACGGACUAAAAAAAAAAAGGACAAAAAAACAAAAGUGGAUAACAAAAAAAAAUAGAUUCCUAGAGAGCAUUUCCUCAUCAAGGUCUUAGCUCUUAUGGAGUGAUAACAACUGUACAUCAUAGCUAUAAGUAAGAUUUUUCUUUUCAUACGUCGUAUUUUAAGUAGAUGAUGGAUCGACAACCGAAAUUCUUUGGCACUCUGAAGUAUGGGUACCUGUGGUGUAAAAUUAGGAAAUGUUUCGCGUCCAUGUUGAGUUGCCAAAUGGAUUCUGUGUUACCAAAGUUGAUUGUGCUUACGCAUUUCCUGCUCGUUCGUGGCUCGACCCCGGAUUACCCCUGGGCUCGCGAGAUCUUUUUUUUCAUCGGUUACAGGUGCACAUUUGAGUUGAUGACACGUUGUAAUCUCCAACUUAUGGUUUGUUUCUGCUUGUAGUGAUUAAUAAUGUAUUCUGUCUAAAGCUGCAGUUUGUUUCGGCUAAUUUUAUUAUUUAGUGCUUUCAGGAAAAAAAGGGUUUUUGUAAUUUAGCCUCAUUUCAGCAUGCACUUAUAAUGGCCUGCUAUCACAAUACUGACACAACAGUCUUAAGCCAUACACAAUUGAAGGAUUCAGACAUUUAAUAUUUACAAAAGGGCAGUUUUCUGCCACUCCAGUUUAUUAAAAAGGUCAACAAAAAAAAUCAAGGCAGGUCAUUAUUCGAUCUAAAUGCUAAAUUACAAAGACCUUAAAAAGUGGCUUUUAAUGCUUGAUUUCAUUCUUGCUGUUAUGAAAAAAAAUCUAAUGAAAAUAUAUAAAUGAACUUAAAUAAAAGUGGAUUUGCAAACAAA